AUGAAGUUCUCCGCUAUACUUUUCGCCGGCAUUGUUACAGCUGACACCUUGACUGUUUCGUUCUUUCAAGGACAAACUUGCGACAAUGGCGCUGUGCAGACAUUCAAAAUUGGAGAAAUCCAUAAGUGUCACGCCACACAAUCUGUUGGGGCUCUCAGGUUGAAGGAUGUUGCAACUUCGUUCUUCCACCGUGAUUUGGUGCUCAAGCUCUAUACGAAUUCCGAUUGCUCUGGCCGAGCUCUAGCCGCUUCUGCCCUAUCGAACUCUGGUAAAUGCGCCAACGCGCCGCAAGGUGUUACCUUUUCCAGCUUCCAGAUCACAGAGAACGACGGUCAAUUUUCAUUCUGA